AUGCCUCAGCCGCAGCACCAGCAGGCUAUGCAGUAUUUGACCGACGCAACGGGAGUUCUCUCUCGGCUUUUUCUGGCGGGAGAACCUCCAAACAGCUCCAGCGAGAAGGUUAAGAACAAAGAAGACAAACAGCAGCAGCUGCUGCUGCUGCAGCGGCCGCCGCAGCAGCCCCUACAGCAGCUGUUGCAACGAUUGGGAAUGGACGCGACUCUGUGGAGGCAGCAACAGCCCCUUACUCAAACGCUCACCCCAGCGACAGCAAAACCAGCAGCAACAGCGGCUCCUCAGGCAGCAACAGCAGCUCCUCAAGCAGCAACAGCAGCUCCUGAAGCAGCUACAUCAGCUUCUCAAGCAGCAGCAGCAGAGACAGGGAAAACACCCACGCAAUCGACAGUAGCAGCUACAGCAGAGCCAACGGCAAUGGAAAAGGCAGCAACAGUACCGCCGCACGCUUCAGCAGCAGAAACAGCAAAGCCAGCACAACCACAGGCAGCAGAAGGCAAGACGUCUGGUGGAGUGAAGUUCCCUGAAGAAGCUGCAGAAGAACCCAAAACUUCUGAAGUUUCCGCUCGACAGAAAACAGCACGCAGAGAAGGUGGGGGCAGCAUUCGAGAGGCUGCCCUGAAGCGAGCCAUAACGAGGGGAGGCAAGACAGAAGCUGAGGAGAAAGCGCGGGAAGCAGCAGCAGCAGCAGAAACAGCAGAAGCGGCUAAAGCAGAAGCAGCAAAGGCCGAAGCAGCAAAAGCACGAGCAGCUAAAGCAGAAGCAGCUAAAGCAGAAGCAGCCAAAGCAGAAACAGCUAAAGCAGCAGCAGCUAAAGCAGCAGCAGCUAAAGCAGCAGCAGCCAAAGCAGAAGCAGCCAAAGCAGCAGCAGCUAAAGAAGAAACAGCUAAAGCAGAAGCAACUAAAGCAGAAGCAGCCAAAGCAGAAGCAAGAAAAACAGAAGCAGCCAAAGCAGAAGCAGCAAAAACAGAAGCAGCUAAAGCAGAAGCAGCCAAAGCAGAAGCGGUCAAAGCAGAAGCAAGAAAAACAGAAGCAGCCAAAGCCGAAGCAGUCAAAGCAGAAGCAGCCAAAGCAGAUGCAGCCAAAGCAGAAGAAGCCAACGCAGAAGCAGCAAGAAAAGAGGCAGCCAAAGCAGAAGCAGCCAAAGCAGAAGCAGCCAAAGCAGAGGCAGCCAAAGCAGAAGCAGCCAAAGCAGAAGAAGCCAACGCAGAAACAGCCAAAGCAGAAGCAAGAAAAACAGAAGCAGCUAAAGCAGAAGCAGCCAAAGCAGAAGCAAGGAAAACAGAAGCAGCCAAAGCAGAAACAAGGAAAACAGAAGCAGCCAAAGCAGAAGCAGCCAAAGCAGAAGCAGCUAAAGCAGAAGCAGCCAAAGCAGAAGCAGCCAAAGCAGAGGCAGCAAAAAAAGAAGCGGCCAAAGCAGAAGCAGCCAAAGCAGAAGCAGCUGAAGCAGAAACAGCAAAAGCAGCAGCAAAGGCGGCUCCAGCAGCAGAGACAGAACGUGGAACAGCAUUUGCGCCAACUCUGGAGCAGCAGCAAGACAACGCAGCAGCUGCAGCAGAGGCAGCAGCAGCACCAAGUGGGGAAGCUUCUGAGUCCGCUACUGCAUCAGCAGCAGCCGAACGUGAAGGAGAGGUGGCGCCUGCUUCUGAUACGGCUGCAGCAGAAGCAGCAGAAGCAACGAAAGCAGCAACAACAGCAAAAUCAGCAAGCGCAGCAGCAUCAACAGCAGCAGAAGCCGAGAAGACGGGUGGCGCACCUGCUGCUAGAGAAUUCGCACCAGCUGCAGCAACAGCAGAAACAAGCGACAAAGAUGCUGCUUCUGUUCCUGAAGCGUCCGCAGGAGCAGCAAGUGACAAUGCGGCGGCUUCUGAAGCAACACCAGUAACAGGGGCAGCAGCAGCAGCAGCAAGGGAGGCAGAGGCCAGUCCUGCUUCUGAAUCAGCAGCAGCAACAGACGAAUCGGGUGAAAACAGUGCUUCUGCCCCUGCUCAAGAGACAGCAACAGCGUCUAUCGUUGCAACAAGUCGUGAAGCUCUUGCACCUACUCCCGAUACGCCAUCACACACAGCAGCAGCGGAAUCGGCAGGAGUAGUAGCUGAAACGGGAGCAGAAGCAGCAGAAGAGCCAACAACAAAAGCAAACGCAGAAGCAGCCGCAGAAGCAGCAGAAGAAGCAGCGCCAGAAGCACAAGAAGAAGCAGCAGCAGAAGCAGCAGAAGAAGCACACGCAGCACAAAAUGCUGGCGCUGGCGUGAGGAAGCUUAUCAUCGACCCGCACUGGAUGCAGCAAGAACUGCUGCACCAGCAACUGCUGUUGCAGCAGCAGAUGCAACAACAGCAACAGCAGCAACUGCAGCACCAGCAGCAGCUGCAUCAGCAGCAGCUUCAGCAGCAGCAGAUGCAGCAAGAGCAGGUGCAGCAGCAGCAGCAGCGCCAGCCGCCAACUGUGAUGCGUGUGGACGUGGCGUUAGCGAGGAUGCCUCAGAUGUUUCCCGUUGCAGCAGCAGCAACAACGCAUGCAGUGGCGGCGGUUGUAAGCACUACGAAAACCGUCGCACAAGCAGCAGCCCAAACAGCACAAGGAGCGCUCUCCAAGAAAAACCGAAACAAAGUAGCACCACCUACGCAGUAA